AUGGCGCCCCACGCCUCGCCAAUUCGCCUCAGUAGCCUUGUCGAGGAGUGGAUGCCCAUCUCUUGGCGCACGGGCCCGACAAUCACCUCCAAGCUUGAGGAAGCCCUGCGCGCCGCUUUGCUGCUCGAUCACCAGCAGCCCCGAUUCACGCUCUCUCCUCUCUCAGCCUUCAAGUGCGGCAGCACGGCCGGAGGAGUCGCCCAGCUCUCCAUCGCGGUUCCCUUGGCCUUGAGCUCUGGCAAAUCGCAGCCCUUGGCCUUGAGCAGAGGCCUUUCAAGAGAUCGACAUGGGGUGGAGAAGGUGAGGAGUUGGCCUCGUGGCUCUCUGGUGUCUAACCUCUCUCUGAUACCAAAUGUUGGAGGGAUCUCGUCGUGGCGCAUAGCGAAGCUGAAUCACGGUUAUCACAUGGAUGGGACUGACAGCAUGGCAGACAUGAUGGCAACACUGAACAUAUUCUAUUCACUUAUUAUUUUCCAAGGCGCCAUGUUCUUGGUAUUGCUACUACCUAUGUACAUCUACGAGGCAAAUGUGGUCAGACGCCUCCAAUCACUGGAGCAGCUGUCAGAGAAGUGGGGCGAGGAUGCCAUCGGCAGGAGGACUAGUGCAAGGCUACUCGGCGCCUUCGUUAACAAGGGGGAAGAUGUGAGCUGGGUGCUGCUUCCCUCGAGACACAGGAUUCAGAGACUGAUAGAUUCACUUAUGAUAAGCAACAGUAGCCGCCGCCGCCUAGAUGAAGCCUGUGUUCAAUUCUGCCGCGGUAGAUGCUAUGCAGUGACCGGCAGCCUAGAAGAUAAAAAGGAGAUUAGAGAGCUCGCGGCGAUGAUCGUGGCCGAUGUUGCUGCCCACAUAGAUGAUCUAUCCAAUUACCCUGGGGCUAUGCGGUGCAUAUCCUCCCUGUUCCAAGACCCUGUCCCUGAUGACCCACCCCUGCAUCAGCAAGACGAAGACAUAGGACCAGACUGGCUGGAGCGCAGGAAACUGAUGAUGGACCAGCAGAGAAUGGCGAUAAGAGAACACCGUCAUCGGAACAAGAGGGAAGGAGGUAGAAGCAACCAGCUGGUUCAGCAAGGCUUGACCAUCCUCGAGAGGCUGGCGUCCAACAACGACGACAACCGCAGGAUCAUAUGCAGCACACCCGGCCUCCUUCCCAAGAUCACGGCACCCGUCUACUCAGCGACCUUAAUUGAAGAUGUCAAAAAUAAGGCAUGGGCUGACAUUGUAACCAGAUGCCUCAAGGUGCUGUACCAGCUCAUCCGCGCUCCAGACGGCAGCCAUGAAAUCUUCUCAAAUAAUGUUCAGGCACUGAGCAACCUAAAGAGCAUUCUUGAACUGGGCAACAAUGAAGCUCAUCACCAAGAACUGAAGCUGGUAGCCAUGGAGAUCCUCACAGAAUUGGCACUGGAUUUGUCUAUCAACCUCACCGAGGAAAUAAAAAAGGUGCUCGUCACAAAGCAGCUGCAGCUCUUCUUCCUUGCUAAUGGAGAUGGUGCCGCCAUGGCUGGGAGGACACUGGUAUCCCUGUCAGCUAACAGGGAAAGUAACUCUGCCCUCAUCAUGACCACACAAGACGGCAUUAUUGGUCGUCUCACAAGAAUACUUGAUGGAUACAACAUCACACGGAGAACAAUAGCAGCAGAGAUAAUGGCGAACCUGUAUGCUCACUGUAAUGUGGACAGUACUAUGAAGGAAAUACUGCCAAAGGUCCUCGGAAAAAUAAUGUCAAUUAAAACAAAAUCGCAACAAAGAAAAAUUUCAGCGGGCGAGAACAAUCCUGCUGCAUUAGGAGACGAGGAGAACCAGGGAAAUUUUGUAUCCACAAAUAAUGAAGAAAGGCAAAUCAUUUCUACAGACGGCGACCACACAGAAACAGAGGAAAUUUCUGAUCAAGAAAGAGAGGAGCAAGAAGCGUUUUUGUCCCUUGCACAUGUCAUAUGUGAUAAGCUGGACAGCGCAGAUUUGGAUGGUGCAAUUCAGAUUGCCGUUCAGAACGAGAACAAUGCAGGAAGUGAGGAGCAACGACGUGAAGCAUUUGUGGAAAAGCUCAAGACCAUAAUAGACGACAACCGUCAUGCAACAGCAGAUUGUCUGAGAAUUGUGAAGCUUUGCGGUCAGAUUGCUAAAUCAGUGAUGCUGUGCGAACAGUAUGUGAAAAUCUUCAGAAACAAGGGAUUUAAGAGUUCACUUUCGGAAGCUUCGAAAACCAUGUCUGAACUUGAAAGCUGCAUGCUCUUCGCUGGGACCGAUUUCGGGCUCAGGAAGACCGUCAAGCCCCUCUUUUCUGAAAUUGAGAAGACUUGGUCAGAGAUGUAG